AUGGCUAGACGGCUGGCGACGAUAAUUGUUGCACCUGUUAAACAGAACAACAGUAAAACACUGCCCCGCCAAUCCAUGCGCAUUGCUACAUGGAAUGUCCGUACUAUGAGGACAGGCCUCCCGGAUACCUGUGGAGGGUCACAAUCAUAUUGCGCACAAGAUCUGCGUAAAACUGCUUUGAUUGAUGCAGAGUUAAGUAGACUAAACAUCUCAGUCUGUGCUUUACAAGAGACCAGGCUUCCAGACGAUGGCUCAUUGCGCGAGUCUACUUAUACAUUCUUCUGGAAGGAAAAGAGUCCUCAGAUGUUCGCGAACACGGAGUGGGUUUUGCGAUACGCAACGAUUUACUGCGACUUCAAUGCCCAUGUUGGCGGAGAUUAUACCGCAUGGCCGAAUUGUAUUGGUUACCAUGGCAUUGGCAAGCUGAAUGAAAAUGGUCAACGGUUACUCGAGUUUUGCUCCGAAUACUCGCUGUGUGUAACUAAUACAUAUUUCAAGGGUAAAACGUCGCGUAAAGUCUCUUGGAAACAUCCGAGAUCUGGUCAUUGGCAUCAACUGGAUAUAGUACUUUCCAGAAGCAAAAAUCUUCGUGAUAUUCUCCACACACGUUCCUUCCAUAGUGCCGACUGCAACACCGACCACUCACUGGUAGCGGCACACAUAGCCUUCACUCCCAAGAGGAUACAUUCGUCCAAGGUGCCGGGUAGAAGAAAGCUAAAUCUUUCUAAUAUCAGGAAUGACGAAUGUGUCCAAAAAUUUGAGUGUUUGGCAAAUGAAAUGCUUGCUGCAUGGGACGGUAGUGCACCUAUAAAUGUUGAGUGGAAUAACGUCAGAAAACUACUCACUGAGAGCGCCGGCGAGGUUUUCGGUUAUCAGAAAACCAAAUCUCACGACUGGUUCGCGGAAAAUGUCGAGCACCUUCAACCAUUGCUGGACUCAAAGCGUAACGCUGCCCUUAGGCAUCGCUUGAAUCCCAGUACGGACACCGACAAAGCGCUUCGAGCUACAAAGGCGGCUCUUCAACGGAGUGCACGGUACUAUGCCAACUUAUACUGGUCGGAACUUGGCCGCACCAUUCAAACCUGUGCAGAUAGAGGGGACAUCGGUGGUGUCUAUGAGGGUGUCAAACGGGCCCUUGGACCUAUUAAAAAGAAGUCAGCACCUCUUAAGGACGCGAAUGGUUUUAUUAUAACCGACAACCAAAAACAGCUCGAACGCUGGGUUGAGCAUUACACCGGUCUCUACUCACGUCCUGUAUACUUACAGCCAGAGGCAGUGCUGAGUAUGCCGAAAAUGGAUGUUUGGACCGAACUGGAUGAUCCACCGUCCUUAGAGGAUUUCAUCGUGGCUGUCAAUCAGCUUAAACGCGGAAAGAGUCCCGGAAAAGAUGGCACCCAGGCUGAAAUAAUUAAACUCGAAUGCGCGAAACCAAUCCUGCGGAAUCUUUUGUUGAAGUGCUGGGAAGCGGGUGAUGUGCCACAGGAUAUGCGAGAUGCCAACAUCAUAACACUAUACAAAGGGAAAGGUGACCGCGGCGACUGCAACUGCUACCGUGGCAAUUGCAAGAAAAGUGUAGAGAGCAGAAUACUAGAGAAGACUCCCCUGUUUGUGGCUUUCGUUGACCUCAACAAAGCUUUUGACACGGUUAGCAGGGAGGGUUUGUACUCGGCGCUGGGGAGCAUUUGGUGUCCACCUAAACUCCUGAGCCUCAUUAAAUCUUUCCACGAGGAUAUGAGGGGCACCAUAGUUUUUAACGGCCAGUCGUCUGAAUCGUUUGACGUUCGCAGAGGUGUGCGGCAGGGCUGCGUCUUGGCUCCCACCCUGUUUGGAAUAUAUUUCUCGCUCCUGAUAUACACAGCAUUCGGCGAUGACCAUCAGGGUAUCCAUCUGCAUACAAGGACCGACGGAAAUAUUUUCAACAUCUCUCUCCUCAAAUCUAAGAGAAACCGCGAGGACCUUUUCGUAGUUAGUCUUCUCUUUGCCGAUGACGCCGCCUUUGUAGCCAAUUCUGCAGCUGAGCUUCAAUCUAUGUUGGACAAAUUUUCUCAGGCCUGCUCCCUGUACGCCAUGUAUGUUAACACCAAGAAGACAGUUGUGCUAACACAAGGCAUUCAAGAAGCCCCUUUAAUUUCUUUGAAUGGCACGCUGUUAGAGGUAGUUGACAGGUUUUGCUACUUAGGGUCGACCGUGUCAAACAAUCUCUCGCUUGAAGCGGAGAUCGACUCACGUAUUGGCAAGGCGGCAACUAUGUUUGGGAGGCUUAGUACACGAGUAUGGUACAACAAAUACCUGACUAUCAAGACCAAGAUGGUAGUCUUUCAGGCUUCCAUACUAAGCAUUCUCCUAUAUGGAGCCGAGACCUGGACAACGUAUGCAAAACAAGAGAGUCGAUUAAACACUUUUUACAUGCGUUGUCUACGCAAAAUUUUGGGCAUUUCAUGGCGUGACAGGGUAACCAACGAGAGGAUUCUAGAAAUCGCACAGCUGCCUAGUUUGACAGCAUUUCUUAAACAGAAGCGCCUACGUUGGCUAGGGCACGUGCACAGAAUGGAACCCUCUCGUUUACCACGACGCGUUCUGCUCGGUGCAAUAGCGAAUGCAAAGAGAGAUGUAGGGAGGCCUUUGCUUCGCUUUAAGGAUUGCGCCAAACGUGACAUGGCCACUUUUCAAAUAGACCACCGUAGCUGGGAAAAGCUCGCAACCAAUAAAUCAGAUUGGCGCAAACGCGUAAUGGAGGGUCGAAGGGUUUGCGAUGAUGCCUGGCUUCAAAGGCUUGCUGACAAGAGACGGAAGCGCCACCUAGGCGGCUCAAACAAUACACCCGCUGCACCACCAUCUUUCAUUGGCAGCGAGCAUUGUAUGCAACAGGCGUUCCUCAAACAAGGUGUACCGAAUUCUGCAAUAAACACUAUGUUAUCGUCCUUGUCCAAAAAUACCAUAAAUCAGUAUUCAUCCAGUUUUAAAAAAUGA